AGCGACAUGGCCGGCCACACGCAGCAGCCGAGCGCGCGCGGAAACUCGGUCCGUGCGCCCUCACCCUCCCCCGGCCGGGGGCCAGGCCCCGGCGCCUCGGAGCGGGUGGCGCUCAAGAAGGAGAUCGGGCUGGUGAGCGCCUGCACCAUCAUCAUCGGGAACAUCAUCGGCUCGGGCAUCUUCAUCUCCCCCAAGGGGGUCUUGGAGCACUCAGGCUCCGUGGGCCUGGCCCUCUUCGUCUGGGUCCUAGGUGGGGGCAUCACAGCCCUGGGCUCGCUGUGCUACGCUGAACUGGGAGUCGCCAUCCCCAAGUCCGGUGGGGACUACGCUUAUGUCACAGAGAUCUUCGGGGGCCUGGCUGGCUUCCUGCUGCUCUGGAGCGCCGUCCUCAUCAUGUACCCCACCAGCCUGGCCGUCAUCUCCAUGACCUUCUCCAACUACGUGCUGCAGCCCGUGUUCCCCAACUGCAUCCCAUCCUUGACCGCCUCUCGCAUGCUCUCCAUGGCCUGCCUGAUGCUGCUAACAUGGGUGAACAGCUCCAGCGUGCGCUGGGCCACGCGCAUCCAGGACAUCUUCACAGGCGGGAAGCUGCUGGCCCUCUCGCUCAUCAUUGGCGUGGGCUUCGUCCAGAUCUUCCAAGGGCACUUUGAGGAGCUGAGGCCCAGCAAUGCCUUCUCCUUCUGGAUGACACCAUCUGUGGGUCACCUGGCCCUGGCAUUCCUCCAGGGCUCCUUUGCCUUCAGUGGUUGGAACUUCCUCAACUACGUCACCGAGGAGCUGGUGGACCCUCGGAAGAACCUACCUCGAGCCAUCUUCAUCUCCAUCCCCUUGGUCACCUUUGUGUACACAUUCACCAACGUGGCCUACUUCACGGCCAUGUCCCCCCAGGAGCUGCUGUCCUCCAAUGCCGUGGCUGUGACCUUCGGGGAGAAGCUGCUGGGCUACUUCUCCUGGGUCAUGCCAGCCUCCGUGGCUCUUUCCACUUUCGGAGGGAUCAACGGUUACCUGUUCACCUCCUCCAGACUGUGCUUCUCUGGAGCCCGGGAGGGACACCUGCCCAGCCUGCUGGCCAUGAUCCAUGUCCAACGCUGCACCCCCAUCCCCGCCCUCCUGGUCUGUUGUGGGGCCACGGCGGUCAUCAUGCUUGUGGGAGACACAUACACCCUCAUCAAUUAUGUAUCCUUCAUCAACUACCUCUGCUACGGCGUCACCAUCCUGGGUCUGCUUGUACUGCGCUGGAGGCGGCCGGCCCUCCACAGACCCAUCAAGGUGAACCUCCUGGUCCCAGUGGCGUAUUUGGUCUUCUGGGCAUUCCUGUUGGUGUUCAGCUUCAUCUCGGAGCCCAUGGUGUGCGGUGUCGGGGUCAUCAUCAUCCUCACGGGGGUGCCCGUUUUCUUCCUGGGGGCAUUUUGGAGGAGCAAACCAAAGUGUGUGCACAGACUCACAGAGUCCAUGACACGCUGGGGCCAGGAGCUGUGUUUUGUGGUCUACCCCCAGGGCCCCCCGGAGGAGGAGGAAAACGGACCAUGUCUGCCAUCCUCACUGCCCACCUCGGACAGGCCCCGGAAGACACACUGAGAUGCCUGUGGAGACUGAAGCAGCAGCCGUUUCUGUUUACAUAUCCUUUAUUGGGGUCUGUUUUGCAAAAACUUUUUUUUUUCUUUCUGGA